CAUAACCGCCUGCAAGUACCUGUGAACUCGAUCCUAUCUGCAACUCCAGCCGAUCCAUUGCCAUAGUCGCAUCAGUUUCCAGGGAGAACCAUCUCUCUCCAUCCUCUUCCUCAACUUCACCAGCCAUCUCCUCGGGAUUUCACUCUCUCUCUCAGCUCACUCCUCCACGGCCGAACCAUUCUUUUCACCCAGCCACCAUCAGCACCACACAACCGCCGAACCUUGGCAGCCCUCACCAUCUUUUCACUCUUCCAUCAUCCUCACUCUCAUUCUCUCCCUGUUCUCCCCCUCAUCCUCUCUCGUUCUCCCAUCGCACCACCGCCCCUCGCCAUAACAGCAGCCGCCGUCAACCAUCCUCAUGCUAACCCAGACCACCCUCGCCUCUCCUUCUCUGGUCUCACGCACCGAACCGCCAGCAGCUGCAACAUCCCGCGAGCACGACCAGCAGAUCCAGCCACCGCCGCAGUCGGCGUCAAAUCGCCAUCAUCCUCACGACAACCACCAGACCACCUCCCUCGCUCACGGCCAUGGUCCUCUUGUCCCCCCCCCCGCGUUGCCAUCUCCUGCAGCCAUCUUCAUCGCCAUUACAGAAUAUGGAGCGCUUCAUCCAAAGAUCUCGCGCAGUUCAUGAUCAACGCAGUGGGACUCACCGUAGAUCCUACAGUCUUCCUGUUACUCGAGAUGAACUACGGAGUGUUAUAACAACCUAUCGGGAUGAGAUUGAAUAUGGACCUGAGCUUGGACUCGACUCUCCCUCGACACAUUCUCCAAAUAUUGAGAUUGUGGUUGUAGAGGACUCUUCGCAGCCCCAUGCAUUACACGAGGAGCAGAUUGAGCCUCAACAUGACUCUCCGUCUGCACAUGCUCUGGAUACAGAGAUUGUGGUUGUAGGGGACUCUUCCCAGCCCAAUGCAUUACACGGGGAGUUAUCUACGCAUGAUGCUCGUGGCUCAAAUGGUAGACAUUGCAGGGUUGAGGUACUAUGGGGUCUUGUAUUUUUCAUCAGUGGGUUGUUACUUGGUUACUCCCUUACUGUUCCAGUUGGACUUCUCAGCAUGGACAAAUUCAUGCACAUUUUUUUCCCCAGAAUAUUUUACACGCUGAUACAUGCGAAAGAAGAUAAUUUCUGUUCAUAUGGCAACCAAAUUUUGAGUUUUUCAAUUUCAUCCUUAUAUUUGGCAGCGAUAGUCAUGAUGCCCGCAGCACCGAUGGUACAUCAGAGGCUUGGACGACGCUGGGCGAUUUUUAGUGCCACAUUGGUAGUGGCCAUUGGAGACAGCAUCACUCUAAUUUUACCCCACACUUCUGCCCUAUUCGGUGGUAAAAUUCUGAUGGGUUUAGGAAUUGGACUCCUAUAUCAGUUGAUUCCAAUAAACCUCUCUGAGAUUGAGUUGGAUGAAGUGAAGAAAAUGUUAGAACUAAUUAGCCAAUUCAGUAUGAUCAGUGGAGGCUUGCUAGCUUGUGUAGUAAACUACUACACAUCGCUAUAUCCGGACUGGGGCUGGAUGGUUUCGUUGGCUGUCAUUGAGCCUCUGUGUGUUUUAUUGCUGAACUUGUUUGGACUCAUUCCGGUAGCUUCCCCAAUUUUCAGAGAACAGAUAAAUCAAGGAGGAAGGUUUAAGGAAGCACUUCGUCACCUUAGCUGGCAGAAGAUUAUUCAAUAUUUAGCUGCACAAGUACUGCCGCGAGCGAUUGGGGUGGAUACUUUAGGAAAUUAUAUGCCAAUCAUGUUGGAGGGCAUUGGCAUUUCAUCCCAAACUUCGUAUCGUGCAGCUAUAGUUAUUAGUAGCAUUACUUUGGGAUGCUCAUUCAUGACAACAAUGCUGCUGAAAAAAUAUAGGGUGCAACGAAGGUUUCUAUUCUCCUUUACACUUCUGCUUGUCGUCCUUCUACAGGUGGCCAUCAUGAUCGUUCUUAUUUCCAAAUUGAAUAAGUACCAAGUUCCAGAUCUAAAUACAUCAGGUCUCCUGUCCGCAUUUAUGCUUCUUCUUACGUCUGGAGUAGCGAUCAUAACAGCACCAGAAGGAUGCCUUGUCAUAUCUUUCUCUGAAGAAACCAAUACUGUGGCUUCAAUUUUGUCAAAUGUUACUUACUUCUUUUUUUCUGUUUUAGUUUCCCAUUUAUUUUUUUUGAUGUUGUGCUCCUGGCGAGCACUUGUAUUUCUAUUUUUUGCCUUUUUGACUACUAUUGUAGGCUUUAUUUUUUGGUAUUUUCAAGACUGGCCAAUGUAAAUAAAUUGCUAUGUAAUUAAUAGAAAGAGUUGUUUGCAUCUAUCUCACAAA